AUGAAGCUGCCGGUGAUCUUGCUCGCCCUGAUCCUCGGGGAGCUGGUUUGCUCCGAAGAAGAGGAUGCUCCGAGAGUCAGGACCCCCUUGGGAAGGAUCAAAGGGUACCACAAGGUGUCCCAGCACGGCAGACUGUAUAGAGCCUUCGAGGGAAUCCCCUACGCUUUGCCACCUGUUGGGAAAUUAAGGUUCAAGCCCCCGCAACGGAUCCCUGCUUGGCCUGGUGAACUUCUGGCCACGAAGUUUGGCUCCAUGUGUCUGCAAUACUCCCACUUUCCCGACUCCGAAAAUCGAAGAGUCUUCGGAGCAGAGGAUUGUUUAUACUUGAACGUUUACGCGCCUGUAAAAGAUGACUACGAGCAACUUCUACCGGUGAUUAUUUGGAUCCAUGGAGGGGCGUUCCAGUAUGGAUGUGAUCAUUACACUGGAGCGAAGUACUUAUUGGACCGGGACGUUAUUCUCGUUACGAUCAAUUAUCGACUGGGUCCUUUUGGUUUUCUGAGCACCGAGGACGAAGUGAUACCCGGCAACAACGGUCUCAAGGAUCAGAGCAUGGCUCUGAGAUGGGUUUCAGAGAACAUCGAAUGGUUCGGUGGGGAUCCCAAAAGAGUGACUUUGACAGGACUCAGUGCGGGUGGUGUCAGUGUACACUAUCACUAUUUAUCCCCUCUCAGUGCCGGCCUCUUCCAAGGAGGUAUAUCCUUCAGUGGAACAUCGUUCACUUGUUGGGCUCAGACCGAGAACUCUGCAGAAAAGGCAAAGAAAUUGGGAGCUUUGAUGGGAUGCCCAACGAGUACCACAAAAGAAAUGGUUCGCUGUUUAAGAUAUCGUCCUGCUCAGAGCAUCGUAGAAGCGGAGAAGGAAUUUAUGCCUUGGUUGUAUAAUCCAUUCACACCUUUUGGCCCAGUUGUGGAGAAAGUCGGAGAUGCUCCUUUCAUAGAUAGAAGUCCUGUGGAAAUAGUUAGCAGCGGUAGCGUACAAGAUGUUCCUUGGGUUACAGGUGUAGUCAGUGAAGAAGGACUUUACCCUGUUGCCGAGUUUGCAGCUGAUAGGAGACUCUUGAAAGAACUUGAAGACAAUUGGGAGACGAUAGCUCCACACUUGUUAGAUUUCAACUAUACUGUACCCCGGUCGAAACAUGUCGAAACUGCUAGGGCUAUCAAGAAGCAUUACUUUGGUUCAAAACCUAUCGACAGACUAACCGUCAAACAGCUAAUACAAAUGGUUGGCGAUAGACUAUUUGUCACAUCUGCCGAAGAAGCCGCGAGGAAGCAGGCAGAGGCGAAUCAAAGUCCUGUGUGGUUUUAUUACUACACAUACCGUGGAGCUCAUAGUUUAAGCGAAGCAAUGAGCCACACCAAAGAGAACUUUGGAGUAAGCCAUGCCGAUGAUGCCUACUAUGUUCUGGAUAAUCCAUUUGUCGAUCCAACGACUACACCCGAGGAUCGUGACAUUCAAGAGAGCUUAAUUGAUUUUUGGGUCUCGUUUGCAACAAAAAAAGUUCCCACUUUGGGCGUUGAGUGGCCAGAAUUGGAUCCUUCUCAAACAAUUCUCCAAUACCUUCACAUUGCCGGACCAGGAAAAUUUAAAAUGGAAAGUAAUCAGAAUUUAGGAGAAAAAUCAUUCUGGUCCAGCAUUGAUUUUAAUGAAAACAAAUUAGAAAAAUCGAAAAGUGCAAAGGAUGAAUUAUAACACAUUAGAGGACAUAACAAACUACUGAAAGCCAUAUAAAAAGAACCCCAGUAAUGUUAUCGAAUUUUUCCAUGUAUCUCCAAUAUGUGUAGUUUAUCUUUGAAUUGUUUACACUUACAUUAUCAGCGAUUACUAUGUUGCAAGAAAGUAUUCGUCCAAUUUUUGUAGUGCCUGUGAAUAUUGGAUGGUUGACAUCUCCGAUUCGAAGAGUUCCGACCUAAAAUAUAUUUAAAAGGAUUUAUUAACAUCA